CUCAAAUUAGUCAGAAGAAAGAACAGCUAUAAAUACCACGGUGAAGGCGCGAAGAAAGUCAAAGCUCGAAGCAGAAUAAUCCAUUUCUCUCUCCAUUUUAUUAGUUCCAUUCCAUGAAAGCUGAGCAAAAAACAGAAGGAAGUGUACAGAAUACCUAAAAAUUCAACACGAGAAACAGAAAUGGGCGAUUCUUUGGAGCCCAAUUCCAAGAUUUUCAGCGUCCGGAUUGUGUCCUUGGACUACUAUAUGAGCCCUCCCAUUCCUGGUUUCGACAUCUCCUACAGCAGCUUUCAUGGUAAAACCCUUUUUCAAAUUCCCAAUUUGCUCGUUUACCUAUCCAGUUAAUCUUCAUGUUUGGAACUUUGGAUGACUAUAUAUAGCGGUGUUCAGGGUCUACUUGACUUGCGAUUUUUUCAGUUACUUGGUUAUCCUGAGUUCAAGUUCAAAAAUCCCGCCAGAAUUUGCUGGUUUUGGUUAAAUUAGGGCUUUUGACUCACCUGAAAAUUUCAAUAUCUGUUAAAGAUGCGUGAUAUUCAUUUCAAAUGUUGUCAAAAAUGGAGAAUAUUGAUUGUUAUGAACGACGUAGUAUUUGAAAGUUUGGUGGUUCUGUGGUGACUGAUGUAAUUGAUUGUGCAGGUGGAAAAGUGAAUGAGGUUCCAGUUAUAAGGAUAUAUGGGUCGACUCCGGGUGGCCAGAAGACUUGUUUGCACGUACACGGGGUAAGAACAUCAACGGGAUCAUGCUUACAGUUAUUAUUAGUGCUAUCAUGUGUUUAGUUCUUUGCUUCGCCAAGAAAGACGCAAGGGUUUCCGUUUUAGGUGAAUUUGUAACUGAAUUCAUAACUGCAACUUUUUGUUUUUAUGCGAGUGUUUGGGGUAUAGGGAUCUCGCGGGGGGAAAUUAUCUUCUCCUGUCUAUUAUGUAUCAUUACAAAGCAUCGAGAGAUAUUUUGAAAUUUAAGUUAAUGUCUGAGCGCAGUAAUUGCUGCGGUGUCACUAGACACUAAUGUUUGUUUCGGGGCGUAGAAAUGUUAAAGUCAUAGGAUUCUUACUGGACUAAAGCAUGUGCUAAUUUGAACAAAGAAAAUGGAUUAGAAAAUCAUCUUUAGUUUUGUUAGUCAGGUCGUCUUUGAGAUUGAAGUCUUCUCAGUGUAGCAUGCUAUGAAGAUUCAGAUUCUUGUUAAUUUUUACAGUAUAUUUUUCGCUCUAGCCUAGCUAGAUAGAUGGUAGUUUUAUAAACAGUCUCUUCCUACUUUGUGUACUUUGCUUUCUGCAAGACUUCUUGUGUUGCGUUUGUAUCACAUGUGCUGUGGAUUCUGAAAUCAGAUUCUAUUUUAGUCAACUAUCUUAGUUCCUUUAUACUUGAAAUGCAAGAAUUAGUUUGCUUGAUGUUGUCCCUUUUUAUGAUGCAGGCUUUGCCUUAUCUUUAUGUUCCAUGUUCAGAGUUAUCUCUUCAACCUGAAGAAGAAGGUAACAGUCACAUUCACAGCAUAUAUCAUCACACGGAUAACUUUUAUUCACAAAAAUCACUUUGUUGUGUUGUAAGCUGUUUGAGAUGAAAUUGUAUGAUAAAUAGGAAGACCCUGCUUACAGCAUGACGCUACCUUGAUAGUUUUCCUGCUGUUGAAUUUCAAUCCUUUGAGCUCUUUGACCUUGAAAUCCUGUUAUAUGUGGUUAAAACGUCUAAACUUUCUGGGCUGAGGAUUAAAAUAUCCAUCUGAGUGCUAGCAUGCAGCCUUAUAUACUUUUUGCGUAGGUGAUGCUUUCAGUGGAUUAUUAGUCAAUUGCAUUCAAUCAUUAUCUGCAUGAGCACACACGCAGACACAUAUACAUAUGAACACAGAGAGCUAACAGGCUGUAUGGUUCUUGUUAUGAUGCAUCACUGAUGGUAAAAAUCUGAUGCUGAGUCAACCUUGGAGUUUUUGUAAAUUCAAUUUUCAUUAUGUGCUCUGCGGUUCAAACAUGUCUAUGUUCACUCCCUAUUUGAUUUCCUAGGUAUUGCUUUCACCAAUUCCAUGUCUCUUGCGAUUGAAAAGGCCUUGAAGCUCAAAAGCAGUGCUGGUUCGAAACGUCAGCAUGUCCAUGGGUGCAGUCUUGUUCGAGCAAAGAAGUUCUACGGCCAUCAUUCUUCAGAGGAGUUGUUUCUUAAGAUUUAUCUCUAUUAUCCGCAGGAUGUCCCCAGGCUUUCCAAUCUUCUUUUGGCAGGUGCAAUCUUGGAUAAGAUUUUGCAACCCCAUGAAUCACAUAUUCCAUAUCUUCUCCAAUUUAAGGUCGAUUAUAACUUGUAUGGGAUGGGGCAUUUACAUUUGACAAAGUUGAAAUUUAGGCAUCCAGUGCCGGAUGUUUACUACUCACGGAAAGCCGUGUUGUCUGUCUCUCAGGCAGAUGCAGGUGGAGACCCAUGUUUGGAUUCACCCACUUGGACUUCAUCAACAAUUCCAGAUGGUUGGACUUGGCAAUCUUGUCAGCCUGACACCACCACGGUGGACAACAAACUUUCGGUAGUUAAACGUCAAAGUACUUCUGAACUUGAAGGAGAUGCUGUUGUGGAGGACAUCCUCAAUCAACUGUAUAUGUCAUAUACAUCCCUCUCGCAAACCCAUUCGGAAAUGAAAAUGGUUCAGUCUUUGAUACCUAUUUGGGAGGAACUUGAUAGGAGCGGGGGGCAGUGUCUUGCUGUUCCACCUGAUCCCGGAAAACCGCUUCCGCAAGAUGUUUUAAGGACACUAUCACACUGGCUUGAGACAGAAAAAUUCCUUUCCAAAUUGAGUGAUGUCACAGGAAAUUCAUCUUCCAGCGAGCAAUGUUUUAGAUCUUUGACUGAUGAAGUGAAUUUGAUAAACUCUGGUGAUUCUGAACAUAAAGCCAAGGAAAUGCUAAUAAGUUUAGAGGGAACUUCUUCCAACGGAUCUUUGCCAUCUGGAAAUUUCUUAGGCUCUCAAGAUGAAGAUGUUAAAAAAAUCUGCAAAGAGCCAAAUGUGAAGCUGCCGUCUGUUGAUCAAUAUCAUUGCUCACCAUCUCUUGGGCCGUCCCAUAUGAAGGCUUCUGAUCAGGAUGCUUUGGGCCUUUUAAAGUGGCUUGCAUCUUCCCAAGCAGAAGAAGAAAUAAAUUCUGAUGAUGAACUUGCUCAUCAGACCAUCCUCAGUCCCUUGUUGCCCUCGUCAAUGAUGAAUGAGGUAUUGGAGAAAGCAAAUGCGGAUAUUGAGAAUCAGUCUCAGCAGGAGUGUCAAGACAUACUUGAUUCUAUUGACGAUGUAGCUGGUACUGAAGAAUCCAGCGGCAAGGCUGGUCCUGAACAGUGCAAUCUAUCAUCCAAUACUUUGCACACUGGCACAAGUAAUCAUUUUAACAACUCAGAUAGUCUCAUCGCAGUUCCUGAUGAGUCUUUUUCUGAUGUGAAGUAUGAAUCUGAAUCAUCACAAAAUUCCUCUUUAAACAAUUUCGGUUGCAAAAGGAAAAAGAAACCUGAGUGGGGUCACUUACCUGUUUCUUCAAGUCAAAACAAGGAUGUGGUGAACAAGUUUCCAAGUACUUCAAAGGGUGAUGCAGAUAUAAUAGUUGGAUGUUCCAUGAGGGAUUUGAUGAGGAAGAAGCGUUGCUUUAGGAAUGAGCUAUCUGAUAGUAAGGUUCCUCUGGUUGGAGAAGUUCUCCUUAAGGAGGAAGCAAGAGCAGAGACAUAUUCUUGCAGAGAACAGAUAAACUACUCCGGCAGAAACUUUCAUGCUUCAGCCUCAUCCCAAGCUUCAGUUAUAGAUAAAUUAGUUGGGUAUGGCUCAGCUGCAUUAGAAGAAUCUGCCAAGGAUUUUGAUGUGACAUCUGAUGAAUUAGAUCGUUCUAUGCAUGAUAAAUCAUCUCUUUUCCUGGAAAAUGCUAAUAACUUGGUGGAAAAUAUAUCAAAAGAUAGACCAUCCCCCUUUUCCCAACACCUUCAUGCUGAUAGUAGCCAAGUAAAAUUUUCAGCAUCACAGAAAUGUGGUGGUAAGGAUUCUUCAAAGUUGCUAGGGGAAUUUAGAAAAGAUAUUCUACAGAAGGAUGCUACAGUUUUAAGUCGUCCUACUCUCAUCAGCAACGAGUCUCCUGAAAAAAAUGGUUCAGUUUCUAAUUCCAGCUCAAAGAGGCAGAAUACUUGGGACGAAACUGAUUUGCAAAUUCAAAAUCUAAAGGACAUGGGGUGUUUGGCUGGACAUACCCAUCAAAUUCAGGUGGACGGACGUCCGGAAGAAGACUCAAAUUUGCCCGAAACUUGCAGUUCUAUGUUUCCGGCUGGUAGCCUGAAAGCAGAUCCCGUGGAACUCAUUGGUUUUACUUUCUGCAAGAAACCCCCAGUGAUAGAUUCAACAUAUGAACUUGGUGAGAAUUCAGCAAUGUCGUGUUCCAUAGCUCUGGAACCCCCUGCGAUGAAGGAGGUGGCUGAAAAAAUUUCUAUUCAUAAUGGAGUUCCUGAUGAUGUCCUCCCUUUCUUUAUGAAGGAGAACCUGGAAGACACGGAACUUCAAAAUAUUAGUGGGGUAGCAGAACAUAGUAGCCGUCAAGAAAAAUUCUUUGGUGUACCUGUUCACUAUCAUAAUGAUGGUUCCUAUUUAUAUAUGUUGACUCCAGCUCGAUCACCUCCAUCUGAGGAACAUGUGGAAAGAUGGCUAUCCUCUGAAGGAAGAAAUGUUCUUUUAAGUGAUUGUAAUGCAGAGACAACCGUUUUGAGUACUCCAUCUAAACCACUCCGCCCUGAUGUGGUGAAGUCAGAGAGUCCUUUGUGUCCUGUUUCUGAUCCGGAUUUGUUGGAUUCUGGGUCAAAUGGGCACGACAAAGAACAUUCGAAGGGUGAAGCUGAAUCUCACAUUAGUGAGGUUAGAAGUAUUCAGAAAGAUGACUGUAAAACUAUGGCAUCUAAAUCAUCUACUGUUCUUUCACAAGAUAUAUCUCAGCUAUCUGGUCCAGAUGUUAAGUCAAAGUUGACUCCUUUGAGUCAGAUGGGUUUUCGGGAUCCAGCCGGUGUUGCUGGUAGGCAGCAGAUAACCAUGGUGAGUGUUGAGAUUCAUGCAGGAUGUAGAGGAGAUUUGAGGCCUGAUCCCAGAUUUGAUGCGAUUGAUAUCAUCACUCUUGUGUUUCAAGAAGAUGAUGGUGUAACAUCAGAUGCUUUCAUGCUUUUGCUGUCUGACACUGAUAAAAAUGGACAAAAUCUUGACGGUAUAUGUAAUUGCAAACUGCUGGUUUUCGACGAAGAGAAAGAGAUGUUGAACCAUUUUGUGAAGCUCAUAUCUCUUGUUGAUCCUGAUAUAUUGAUCGGUUGGGAUAUCCAAGCAGGUUCCCUUGGUUUUCUUGCAGAGAGGGCUGCUAAUCUUGGGAUAGGACUGCUAAAUAACAUAUCCCGCACGCCAUCUCAGCUUCAUAGGGCUUCUGAAUUUUCCAAUAAUUGUGACAAAUCUGUGGCAGAUGAAAUGUUCUUAAAACCUGAAAUUUCCCAUUCUGUGAAAUUGGAGGACUCUAUGGUGGAAGAUGAAUGGGGCCGAACCCAUGCAAGUGGUGUUCAUGUUGGUGGUCGAAUUGUUCUGAAUGUCUGGCGAUUGAUGCGUGGAGAAGUGAAGCUUAACAUGUACACCCUUGAGGCUGUUGCUGAAGCUGUUUUGAAAAAGAAAGUUCCUUAUAUUCCCCACAAUGUAUUGACAAAAUGGUUUUCAAGCGGUUCUGCUCGUGCCAGAUAUAGGUGCAUGGAAUACGUGUUGGAAAAAUCGAAGUUAAACCUUCACAUAUUGAAUCAACACGAUCUGAUUAACAGAACAUCAGAACUUGCUCGAGUGUUUGGUAUUGACUUCUUUUCUGUUCUUUCUCGAGGUUCUCAAUAUCGGGUUGAAUCUAUGCUUCUAAGGCUGGCACAUUCACAAAAUUAUGUUGCUAUCUCUCCUGGAAACCUACAGGUCGCGUGUCAACCUGCGAUGGAAUGUUUACCUCUUGUGAUGGAACCAGAGUCUGGUUUUUAUUCAGACCCAGUAAUUGUCUUGGAUUUUCAAUCCCUUUAUCCAUCCAUGAUAAUUGCAUAUAACCUUUGUUUCUGCACAUGCCUUGGAAAAAUAACACCUUCAACAGCAAAUGUCCUUGGUGUUAGUUCUUACUCGCCAGAUAUGAAGGUUUUGCAGAGUCUAAAGCAUGAAUUGCUCCUUACUCCUAACGGUGUUUUGUAUGUACCUUCAACGGUUCGUAAAGGAGUAUUGCCUCGCUUAUUGGAUGAAAUCUUGUCAACUCGAAUCAUGGUAAAACAAGCUAUGAAAAAGUUAGGUCCUUCAAAUCAGGUGCUUCAUCGCAUAUUUAAUGCCAGACAACUAGCACUGAAGCUAAUAUCCAAUGUCACAUAUGGAUAUACAGCUGCAGGAUUUAGUGGCCGUAUGCCUUGUGCCGAGCUUGCUGAUAGCAUAGUUCAGUGUGGACGCAGAACACUGGAAAACGCCAUUUCCUUUAUUAAUAGUCAUGACAAAUGGAAAGCAAGAGUAAUAUAUGGGGAUACUGAUAGCAUGUUUGUACUCCUCAAGGGGCGGUCUGUUGAAGAAACAUUUCAAAUAGGUGAUGAAAUUGCAUCAGCUGUAACUGCAAUGAAUCCAAACCCAGUUGUGCUAAAGAUGGAAAAGGUCUAUUAUCCAUGUUUUCUCCUUACUAAAAAGAGGUAUGUUGGUUAUAGCUAUGAGAGCCCUGGCCAAAGGAACCCCAAAUUUGAUGCCAAAGGUAUUGAGACUGUACGGAGAGAUUCAUGUGGGGCUGUGUCCAAGACAAUGGAGAAGUCACUGAGAGUCUUUUUUGAACAUCCUAAUAUUGAUAAGGUUAAGACAUACCUGUUGCGUCAAUGGACACGGAUUAUAUCUGGCAGGAUCUCUCUUGAGGAUUUUAUUUUUGCAAAGGAAGUUCGCUUAGGAACUUACAGGGCUUCAUCAGUCCCCCCGGCAGCCAUAGUUGCAACCAAAGCCAUGAGAGCUGACCCCAGGGCUGAACCACGCUAUGGAGAACGAGUUCCGUAUGUUGUAGUUCAUGGUGAACCUGGGGCCCGUCUGGUAGAUAUGGUUGUGGAUCCAAUGGAAGUUUUAGCCAUUGAUUCUCCUUAUAGGUUAAAUGAGGUAUACUACAUUAAAAAACAGAUAAUCCCAGCUUUGCAACGUGUUUUUGGGCUUGUUGGAGCUGACUUGAACCAGUGGUUUGCUGAAAUGCCCCGUCCGGAAAAGGUAGCUGUGGGUAAACGCCAUCUGUUUGCUUCCAGUCACAAUAAAACUAGAAUUGAUUCCUACUACCUGUCAAAGCAUUGUGUCCUCUGCGGUGCUCUAGUACAAGCAAAGACCUAUCUAUGCCUUGAAUGUUCUAGGAAUGAAGCAACUGUGGCAAUAGCUUUGACUGGAAGAACUGCAAAGCUGGAAAAGGAUAUCCAACAUCUUGUGGCCAUAUGCCGGCAUUGUGGAGGCGGCGAUUGGCUUGUAGAAAGUGGUGUGAAAUGCACAUCGCUUGCUUGCUCCAUAUUUUACGAGAGAAGGAAAACUCAGAAAGAACUCAAGUCUUGUUCCGCAAUUGCAACCGAACUUGGUCUCUACCCCGAAUGCGUGGUCGAGUGGUUUUGAUUUCUUAGUACAUAUACUGUAUUUAUCUCUCGAGCAAGGCAAAGCUUCUUGUUUCAACUUUUAUCGAAUGUUUAUGUGAUAAAUUAUCUGUGUCUCUUUAGUUACUUAUUUAUUUAUUUAUAUUUUGGUAUAUCUAUAUGAUCCUGUAACUUCAAAAUCGGUACUAUUAUAUUACUUCCUCUAAUACGUAAGGUUUACUUCCUUUAUUUUAAAAUGUUUCUCUAAAAGCAAGGCGUUUAGAUAAAAUAGAAAUACAAACUCAAAUCGUGCAAUAAC